UCACGGAACUUCCAAUACCAACCGCAGAUAUCAAUUUCCGGAAGACCAAAUUGAGACUAUCUUCAACUCUCUCUCUCUCUCUCUCUCUCUCUCUCUCUACCCCCUUCCCGGUCCUUUUGAACUCUUAUUCGUUUCUCUCUUGCUUCCUGGUUUGCGUGAGUUAGCUACUGUGUUUGCGUGGCCGAUGCUUUUUGAGCUUCGCGUUUUGAUCCGAUUCUCAGACCCACUACCUUGCCUGGAAGCCUCCCCGAUCCGACACGAAUCAUGGCGGCUUACAGAGCUGACGAUGACUACGACUACCUCUUCAAAGUGGUCCUGAUCGGAGACUCAGGCGUCGGCAAAUCCAACCUCCUUUCUCGAUUCACUCGAAACGAGUUCAACCUCGAGUCUAAGUCCACUAUUGGGGUUGAAUUCGCUACUCGGAGUGUAAGGGUUGACGACAAGAUCGUUAAGGCCCAGAUUUGGGACACCGCUGGACAAGAAAGAUAUCGAGCAAUCACAAGCGCAUAUUACCGAGGAGCUGUUGGUGCUUUACUUGUUUAUGAUGUCACCAGACAUGUUACAUUUGAAAAUGUUGAGAGAUGGUUGAAGGAGUUGAGAGACCACACAGAUUCCAAUAUUGUAAUAAUGCUUGUUGGUAACAAAGCAGACCUGCGUCACCUGCGAGCGGUUUCAACUGAGGAUGCCAAAUCCUUCGCUGAAAAGGAAAACACUUUCUUUAUGGAGACAUCUGCCCUUGAAUCUAUGAAUGUUGAGAAUGCAUUCACUGAAGUCUUAACCCAAAUAUAUCAAGUGGUCAGUAGGAAAGCACUUGAAGCUGCGAAUGACCCUAUAGAAUUGCCUAAAGGACAAACAAUAAAUAUGGGGUCCAAGGAUGAUGUUUCUGCUGUUAAGAAAGUUGGCUGCUGCUCUGUCUAAAAAUGGCUGGUUAUCCCCGAGGCCAAUCAUGUUAUCUGUUCGUUUGUUUCCCUCCAAUUGCAAAUUUUUUGCCUAGCUACUGGUGGACUUUUCGCUGAACCAUUUUCUGUGUUUUUUAUUUUUUGGUUCCUUAAGUGUGUGAGGUUGAUAGGAGGUUUAACUGGAAAAAGUAUUUCUACGCACACAUUCCCCUUGUACUUGCUUUGUUUCUACUGUACUCGGUUGCACUAGUUUAGAAAGAAUCUAUGAUUUAGUUGAAUUUUGUAAUUGACAACCACUCUUGUUUAUGAAGGUGUAUGAUAGAUUAUUCAGUUUAUUAA